AUGAUUAUCCUUCCCGAUACUCCUCCAUUAGCAGAAUCGCUUACAUUUCGUACGGGAGCCUUGAACCCUCAAUUGAUAUCUACAAGAGCCUCAUUAGUUACCACAACUACAAGAAACAAUAACGAGCUAGUAAGAGAUAUUGUUAAACUUGAACAAUAUCUUGAAGAAUUGUUCAAAUAUGCUAGAAUAGAAUCAGGUUCUAACGAAAUGUCCAAAAUACUCCAAUUUUGUUGUAACUACGUAAUUUCAGAUUCAGGAGAGGUUCCAUGGACCAACAUUAUUGUCGAUACCACCGGCGAAAUCAAGAAAAAAAUAUUUGGAAAAGUUUUGAACAAAUAUAAGGAUACGCAUAUCCAGUGGAGUUUACUAAAUGAGAUAGAAGCUGUCAUUAUCAGCACGAGUUUAAUAUAUACGAAACUUGGAUCAGUAUUAAUAAAUGAAUUAAUAGAAAUAGAUCCCACGAGCGAACUGAAUGAUGAGACGAAUGAAAAAUGGAAGCAGGUUACUAACUACUAUAAGAAAUCCUCGUCGUUUUUAUCUUUUGGUAAGAAGGUACUGGCUUACCUUGAUCUAGGAAGCAUGUAUUUCAAUUCACUUGUUUAUUCCCUAUUAGAUAAGAUAAACAAUGUAUGCAUUCAAAUGUCUAUUUUAUCAAAAUCAUCGUGGAUCAAUAGAAACUAUUACAAUGAAACGGAGAGCUUUAAAACCAAAAAUAAUGGAACGUUAAGUAAAGUUGCAAUAUAUGUUAUAACCGAAUUAAGGGAUUGCCAAAGCAUGCUGUUCAAUCUUCAUACUCACCAAGGAGUAACAAUUAACCUCCAAUAUGCCAAAUGGAAGGAAUACCUUAGUAUAAUUGAAAAAUAUGCCAUUGCUUACGCAAGUUUAUUUUUAUCGAUCGAAAAAUAUCAGCAGGAUAGCAUAGGCCAGGCAAUAGGAUUAAUUAACUUUGGUCUCUUAAGUUUGCAAAGCAAGAACCUCAAUGAAGUCAAUCCUAAACAAGGAAAACUCCUUACUAAAUUCAAGUCAAAAGUUUCUGCUCGUAAAAAUGAACAAUACAUUAAAGAUUUACAAUCUAUAACUACUUUGAACAUCGAUAAGUCAGUGUUUCAAGAAUCAUCUGGUAUAAUAUUGAAAGACUUGACCUUUUUAUUUGAUCAGUUGAUACAAUUACAUCUAAAGUUUACAAAAGAAAAUAACAACAUAAAAUUUGAUACAAUAUCAGCGUGGCAAGAUAUUGAUAAAGAUUCAAAAUGGCCCCUUGGUAGCAGCAUACCGAGUAGCAGUGUAAAAUCAUAUGAGCCUUUUGGAGACUCAUUAAGUCUGAAUGCGAGAGACGAGUAUUCAGGGAGAGGAGCGUAUUACUAG